AUGCUCAUGUCACUCGUUGCCCUGUCCAUGGAGAAGGUCCUUCUCAAGACCUCUGGCGACACCUUCCUCGCUGGGGUCUCCUUCAUGUACGCCGCAGACCUCUCCCCGGAUCGCAUCACCGUGCAACGUACGCACUCGGGCAUGUACGUGAUGAUGUUCCACUCCAAAUGCGACAUCCGCCCGUUUGCGGCAAACUACGCCUCUUUCGACAGAGUCCUACAAGGAAUCGCUCACCUUAGCGCGUGGCACCUGAAAUCGAUCGAAUUUAUCGACAUCCAGUUCCGGUCGAGGGAUAUGCCGCUCUUGGAAAAAUCGAUCGAGCAAGUUGGCGCGGAGCUGGUCAUGCUGCGCAAUUGCACAUACCCCGGAAUCCUGCACGGGGAGGAGUCGCAGAAGCUGCUCAGCAUCCUGAAUAGGAACAAGAAAGGAGUUGUUUGUGAGUACGGCAACGCCCGGCUGAAGCUUCGUUUAAGCCCGCGUCCGAAUCCGAUUCCUGUUAUUCCUGGGCUUGGACAGCAAAACUAUCUCGACGAGGCUGUGGUUUUGAUGAUGGCGGCAGCAGCUGGACAGCGUGUGCCGAACCACAGGGCCAGGCGA